CGUGGGCCGUGAUUUGAUUGACAGCGCAGCGGGCCAAUCGGGAGAGCGGGAAUUGGCCACGCCCCUUCCGCGGGGCCGGAGCGCGCGCGGCGGCUCCGGGACCCCAAAACCGAACCCGGGACCCCCAAAACCGAACCCGGGACCCCAAAACCGAACCCGGGACCCCCAAAACCGAACCCGGGACCCCAAAACCGAACCCGGGACCCCCAAAACCGAACCCGGGACCCUCGAACCGGCUCCGGGACCCCCGAACCUCGCCAUGGACCCGGACCCGGAUCCAAAUCCCGGCUCCGCCGCUGACCCGGCACCGGAACCGGCACCGGAACCGGCGGGGAAGCGGCGCCGUUUCACGAUUCGGCAGGAGGGGCCCGAGGAGCCCCCGGUCCCGUCGCUGUUCCGAGCCAGCGCCGCGCCCCCCCCGGUACCGCUACCGGUUCCGCCCGGUGCCGGUUCUUACGCCGAGUUCGUGGUGCGGGGCUCGGGCAGCACCGGGAGGGCCCAGCCGGGACCGGAGCGGAACCGGGGGGAGCGGGAACAGAACCGGGACCGGGAACAGAACCGGGACCGGGAACAGAACCGGGACCGGGAUCCCGAACCCACCGGAACCGCCCCCUCGGGACCUCCGGGACCCCCCCCAAGCCCCGGGGACCGGGAUCAGAACCAGAACCGGGACCGGGACCAGAACCGGGAGGUGCCGGCCCUGCCCGUGCUCAAACCGGGCACCAAGAGCAGCAGCAUCAUCGUCAGCCCGCGGCAGCGCGGGAAUCCGGUGCUCAGGUUCAUCCGGAACGUUCCCUGGGAGUUCGGGGACGUCGUCCCUGAUUACGUCCUGGGCCAGAGCAGCUGCGCCCUCUUCCUCAGGUACCACCAGCUGCACCCCGAGUACAUCCACGAGCGGCUCCGGGCUCUGGGGCGGAGCUUCGGCCUCCAGGUGCUGCUGCUGCAGGUGGACGUGCGGGAUCCCCUCCAGGCUCUGCAGGACCUGGCCCGGAUUUGUCUCCUCAGCGACUGCACCUUGCUGCUGGCCUGGAGGUGCCGAAACUGCCCCAAAACGGCCCAAAAUGCCUCAAACUGA